ACCAAUAUGACUUCACCCCAAAUAACCCUCUACCGCGGUCUCCCUGGCCACGGCACCUAUACAUGGUCUCCCUUUGUCAACAAACUCGAAGCACGCAUGCGAUUGGCCAAUGUCGCGUAUAAUGCCACGGAAGGAUCCGUCCUUCAAUCUCCACGAGGGAAGAUUCCCUAUCUUACCGUGGAGGAUAAAGGGACUUCCAGGAUGAUUUCAGAUUCAACACUCAUAAUCCAAGAGCUGGUUGGUGAUGGAUUAUUACCCGAUUUAAACGCCAAACUCCAUCCGAAAGACAAAACACUCGAUCUUGCGUUGCGAGCGUUGUUAGAGGAUAGGUAUUACUUUCUACAGGGCCACGAAAAAUGGGUUCACAACUACUACACCGUACGCGACCAUCUCUUCGCGUCAUUUUCAUAUCCCCUCCGCGUGAUCAUCGGGAAUAUGGUCUACCGGAAACAAACACAGAUGCUCUACAACCAGGGAACGCUGCGAUUUUCAGACGAAGAGAUCAAAGUGUUUAAGCAAGAGAUUUGGAAAGAUAUCAACGAUCUACUCGUAUCGUCUAGAGCUAAGGUUGACGGCGAUAGUCCCUUUUGGGCGUUGGGUGGAGAGGACCCGACAGAGGUCGACGCGACACUUUACGGGUUUAUUGUCGGUUCGCGUGUUUGUCCAGCGGCUCCUGAGUCACAGUCUAUUAUCAAUGGCUUUCCGGUUGUGGUGGAGUAUGCGAAGCGUAUUCACGAUCGCUUUUUUCCGGAUUAUGCGUGGGUGUAGCAUCACUGACCUUUGGUACUCAAAUACUUUGUAACUGUGGACUGAAUCAAGCGAGGAAAUCUUAAUGGAGAACGCGUUUCUGUACAUACGAUUAGGUGUUUCCUCCCUGGAUGAAGCCAUCCCUGAUCCGUCAUCCGACGUAGAUGCCUAAUUUAACUGUAUACCAGGCAGUAAUCCACGUCAUAUCUACCAUAGAUACCAGUAUAGAGUGAACCAC